AUGCUCGGCCUUCAAGACGAGGGUCUUCUUAGGCGAUACGCUGCUAAAGGUCAAGGAUAUGUUUUUCCAACAAACGGUAUUCCAAUCGAAACACUCAUAGUUUGUGUUUGUAUAAUUGUGGUUUACAUUGCAUCUUUGUUUAACGGAAACAUUAGAUCGGACAUGGCCUUAAAGCCAGAUUCACUUUUUCAUAUUUCAGAAUUGCCACGUUUAUCAUCCUAUGUUUGGGUUCAUUCUGGCUUUUUCCAUCUCUUCUUUAAUGUUUUGUCGCUCUGGGCACCUUUAGCAGAAUUUGAAAGAACAAACGGCACGUUCCACACGGCACUAGUCUUAUCAAUAUUGGCCACUGCUGUUGCUAUUCCAUACUGCCUUCUAGGCACUUUGUUUUUCCCAAACACUGUGGUUCUUGGAGCUUCCGGCUGGGUCUUUUCGUUAAUUUCGUACUUUUCCUAUGUGAACUCUUUAAGCCACAGAACUGUGAAGCUUUUCAACAGUUGGGAAGUUCCUACACUCUCGAUACCAUUUAUUUUCAUGCUCACUGUAUUUUUGAUGGUCCCAAAUUCCAGUUUGAUUGGACAUUUCCUUGGCAUUGUGACAGGCUUUUUGUUGGCCAAGGGUUGGUUCAUUAACUUAACUGUACUCCCAUUCGGCUUGAUGGAGAAAAUUGAAGCACGUUUGUCUGGCUUAAUUGAUCAUCUUCCAGGCAUAUUCAACUACGUUAGGGAGUCGUCGGUUAAAAGUAGUAGGUAUCAAUAUAGCAGUACUGCUUUACCGCUUUAUACGCAGGAUGAAGACUUAUCCUCGCGGCCUUUACGCUUAUCAACAGAUGAGAACUUGCAUGAGGACAAUGCUGGUCCAUUCAUAGGUACAGGACACGUCCUUGGAUCAAAUAUUUAA